AUGUCUCAACCUUGCCAGAUGAACGCACCUCAACAAGGCAGCUUUGCACGAAGGCCAGCCAGUGAGCCACCACGAAGUGAGGAAGUCAAUGCACCAAGCAUGAGACCUGGAAUAGAUCUCGAACGCCAAGCAGGAAGCUGGGCGAACCGCAUGGUGACUCUUUAUGACGAGGCCGAAAAAGCAUUUGAAUCGGGUGCAGAAGAUGCGAAUUCGGACGAAAAGUUUGUGGAGGAAUACCUAAAAUUUUCACAGGUGCUGAUCCAAACAAGCCAAGUACUUGCACUCGACAGGCCAGGCAGCUAUUUCUUGAGACAUCUCUUGCCUUCCUUCAGAGCUAUGUUAGAGGGAGGGAGCGGCAAGUACCUCGACGCGCCGAUCCACGACUGGGCAUCUCUCUCGCAACCAGACAGGCUUGACCAGCUCAUCUGCCUUGCCGGAUACACAAGGGUCGGCAGAGUCCUCCUUAAACCGUUCCUAGCAAGGCAAGAGGAGGUUGGUGAUAAUAAUCAGUAUCACUACAACGAAGGGGCCAUACGGUUUAUAAGCAUCACCAUAUUCAGCUCCAUGAUCGCCGUGUUUGCUUGCGCCCCAGCUGCGAUUCAGUCCUUGAAUGUUCGAUCAACAGUUGGCGAAGUAGUUGUGUAUCUUGUAUUUGUGAUCGUGUUUGGCUGGCUGAGUCAGGGACUGAUUUUGGGAUUUGAGAAAGUUUUGCUCUCCUGUCUUGCCUACGCCGGAUUGAUGGCAACCCUUCUCCGAGGGGGUUGA